ACUGGACGAUCUUGGAUCUAGCAAUUGAGAAGCAGCCGACUUAGGCAAUGAAGAGAGAAAACAGAAGUUCUCGAGACUUAUGGGUACAGGAAGGAAAGAACACACUGGUCAUCUUGUUAUAGGAGAUCACAAAGGAACAUCUCACUUCCGAACAGGGGAAGAAGACAAGAAAAUUAAUGAAGAGCUGGAGUACCAGUACCAGCAGAGCCUGGACAGUAAACUAUCAGGCCCAUACCAGCGGCGGCACUGUGGAUUUGGCUUCAGUGAGGUAGAAGAUGAUGAUGGGGAAGGUGAUGUUCCUGGAGACAGUGAUGAGGACCACUCGCCUGAUGCUCAGAGUCCAGAUGACUCGGGCAGUGACUCUGAGUCUGAGAAGGAGGAGUCUGCAGAAGAACUCCAUGCUGCUGAGCAUCCUGACGACGCAGAAGACCCUAAGAGCGAAAAUGAUGUGAAGAGCAAUUAUAAGAUGGUACUUGUCAAGUCCAGCAGCUCAUAA